UAAAGGAUACCGAUGCGUUAGUGCGUUAGGCCUAUAAAAUUUGUUACCAUAAGAAAUCCUAAAAGAGAUGUAUAAAAAUUGGUAAUGGUGGAUGUUUGGCAUUGAGAUUUGGGAAAAAAUGAUCCCUGUGAGAAUGAUGAGAAAAAUGGUGUGGGAGAGAAGCAUGAAUAAAUUAUCAAGAGGUCUAAGUUCGUCUCAGAUUCGAAAGCCAAGGCCUCCAUCUCUUGUUUCACUUGACCUCAUCGAUGAGUGGUCUUCCACUUUCACCCAUUCUCACUCUCCUCCAAUCCAAAAAUCCAUGUUCUUGAGAAGCUUUGACUCAUAGAUGUGGCUGCAUUUUGCGGUAGUCAGAAAAUGGUGUAUGAGUAAUAAUCAUUCUUCCAAUGCUGGAUAGUUUUUCUAGUCAAGUGCAUACUUCAAUUAGAGCAGUCAAUGCUAUUUGCCACAUAAAAAGAAAAAGGGAAAUGCAAAUCCCCAUUUCUGUGGUUGUUGUCAACAUGUAAGAAAUGAUCAUUGUAAAUUAGUUUCUCAGAGGUAUAAAUAAAUAGCUUCACUUUUUGUCAUAAUAUAAGUAUCCUCUUUAUGAGGUCUAUCACAAUGUCCUCUCUGUUUCCCUCUACGAAAUCUCAGAAACACAUGUGCAAAAGAGUAACAAGAGAAACGGAAGAAAGUUGUCACUUUAUGAAGAUACUUUGUUUGCAACCUAAACAUUAAUAAAGAAGAAAAUAUUGAUGGAAACAAUAGUGAAUAGUUUCUUUUUUCCAAUUUAGUGGGACAGUUUAUGCUACUACUUGGCUGUUCUCAUUGGGUUAAUCAAACUCCAAAAGCAGGGGUUUAAAGGUUUUGGGACCAAACUUAACAAAGGAACCAAAUUUUAAAGAAACAUUUGGGGUAACAGGACUCUAUUAUAUCUUAAGGACCAUUUUCUUUGGACUUUUCACCUCACAUUGUCAAACUAUGCUUCCGAUCUCGCCUUAGCCUCAGAAAGUAAAUACUUGUCAAAUUUUUGGGGGCGGAAAUUUUCAUGCUACACAACCUUGGUUGUUCCAUCACUUUAAUAUUGUACAAUCAUGCUUUUUGAUGAUCCUGAACACUCACUACCCUUAACUAUUCUUUGCAAUUCCGGUUUUUCAAGUUCCCUAUGAUUGAACCAAAAAAGAAACAAAGAAAAGUUCUGCUUCUAGUUAAUUUAUUUUCAGCAGUCAACAAUGAUAGUGCUAGAAUAAUUGAUGGGAGGUCUGCUGCCGAGGAAAUUAAAUCAAGCAUAGCUGUAGAAGUUAGCAGAAUGAAGGAGUCAAUAGGAAAGGUCCCUGGUUUGGCUGUAAUAUUAGUUGGCCAAAGGCGAGACUCUCUUGCCUAUGUCCGUAACAAAAUAAUGGCUUGCCAUGAGGUUGGGUUCAGAUUUUCAAUUGCUGAACUCCCUGAGAGCUGUACAGAAGACGAUGUCUGUGAUGCAUUGUCAAAUUAUAACAAGGAUGCAUCAAUCCACGGUAUUCUUGUGCAGCUUCCUUUGCCACAGAAGUCAUUGGAACAGCAUUUUGACGAGGGAAAGAUUUUAAAUGUACUAAGCUUAGAAAAAGAUGUGGAUGGAUUUCAUCCAUUAAACAUUGGGAACUUGGCCAUUCAGGGUAGAGAGCCAUUGUUCAUCCCGUGCACUGCUAAAGGCUGCAUCGAGUUACUGCUAAGUUCUGAUGUUGAAAUCGUUGGGAAGAGAGCUGUAGUGAUUGGGAGGAGCAACAUCGUUGGAUUACCUACUUUUUUGUUGUUGCAGAGGCACCAUGCAACAGUAAGCAUUGUGCAUGCAUAUUCAGAGAAUCCCGAAAUUAUUACUCGCGAAGCUGAUAUACUUGUGGCAGCUGCUGGAGUACCUAAUUUAGUCCGUGGUAGCUGGUUAAAGCCCGGAGCAGUUGUACUUGACGUAGGAAUAAACCCAAUUGAGGACCCUGAGAGUGAACAUGGUUACCGUUUGAUUGGAGAUGUUUGCUUUGAAGAAGCAGUCAGGAUCGCUUCUGCUGUAACCCCAGUGCCUGGAGGUGUAGGUCCUAUGACAGUUGCAAUGCUUCUUCUGAACACCCUUGAAGCCGCCAAACGUGCACUUUGUUUUACUUGAUUUUAAGGUGGAGGAACUCCUAAAAUGUCUCAUUUCUUCCUCUCUAUUGGAACUGCUCAAGUUUUGCACAAUUGGACUUGUGUCUGGUAGACCAAUCACUGUCAUUAAACAAACCCGGCGUUCCCAACCACUUCAAGCAGCCGACCAAUAGAAAGUAGCAGCUUCACUAUUUUGGGAUGAUGCACUGAGAUAAUAUGACAUUGGAGGACAAACGAAUAGCUAAUAAAAGCAAUUCCAUAAUGCAGAAAAUUCUCUUGUAUAACUAACUGUAUUUAUGUAUAUUGAUCAUCUCCUUCAGGUUCCUUUUGUUUCCACAAGAGGCUGAUCUUUUAAA